UUAGCUGUUUGGUAACAGUUGCGAGAGCGUGCGUCAGAAGUGCGCGAAAGUCGGUCGUCGUGAGGGAAAUAAGAGGAAGAAUAUUAGUUAAGAUAAUAAUAAUAAUAAUAAUAAUAAUAUUUCAAUGAUGUUUCGUGUUUUGAAAAAUGUGAGACCCAACGGUGUGUCGGGAAGUAAAUUAUUCAAUUUCGAAACAGAAGUUCGCACAAUUUUUAAUGGCGCUGGAGUCUUUGCCAAUUUGAAAUCGAACAAGUCACGUGAAAUCUUCGAAAGUAAUUGCAAUGGUUGUUCGAAAUGUGCAGCGGGUACAACUGACAGGGGUAAAGGAUUAUUCGAUACUCGUAAAUAUCCAUUGGAUCAACGGAGACAUUAUCAUUAUCUAGUGAACGAUAGUCGAGUAACUGAGAAUUACCUUAUCAAAUGUCGCGGUCGUCGCGAUGAAAAAUUUCAAGAUUUACUCUCAACGGGUAAGAUGAAUCGGUGCAAUUGCGGUGGUUGUACUUCGAGAAAAUUAUAUUCAACCGAAGGCGAUGCCAGAAAAACCUGCCUUUACGAUCUACACGUUGACAACCAAGGCAAAGUGGUGAACUUUGCGGGGUGGCUACUGCCCGUCCAAUACAAAGAUGCGAUCGCCAUAUCCCAUCAGCAUACGAGAAUGGCGGCGUCGAUAUUCGACGUUGGUCACAUGCUGCAAACUCGUGUAUCCGGUAGAUACGCUGGUGAAUUUUUAGAAUCUUUGACCACCGGUGACCUGAAGAAUUUGUCAAUCGGCAACGCUGCUUUGACAGUUUUUACGAACGAUAACGGAGGUAUACUCGACGAUCUGAUCAUAACUAAAGAUGGCGAAGAAAAAUUCUUCGUUGUUUCCAACGCUGGAAGACGAGACGAAGACAUGAAACUAUUGCUCGAUCAACAGAAAAAAUUCAAGUCGGAGGCUAAGGACAUCUCCAUCGAGUUUCUCGAUCCUUUGGAACAAGGGUUGGUCGCUUUACAAGGACCAAAAGCAAGCGAAGCUCUGCAAAAUUUUACGACGAUUAACUUGAGGGAUCUUAAAUUUAUGCAGAGCGUUCAAACAGAAUUUUUUGGAAGUAAAAUCAGGAUAUCGAGAUGCGGUUACACGGGGGAGGACGGUUUCGAAAUAUCUUUACCUCAGAAAAUAGCUAGACAAUUUGUUGAGGCUUUACUCAGCGCAGAUGACGUUAAACUCGCCGGUCUUGGAGCAAGGGACAGUCUAAGAUUGGAGGCAGGCCUUUGUCUUUACGGACACGAUAUGGACGAAACGACGACACCGGUAGAGGCAAGCCUGACCUGGUUGAUUGCAAAGCGCCGAAGGGACGAAGCUAAUUUUCCUGGAGCUGAAAAAAUCCUGUCGCAAAUAAAAUCGAAGCCAACCAAAAGGCGCGUGGGUCUCCUCCUCGGUCAAGGACCUCCGGCAAGAGAGGGUGCUACGCUUUUGACACCGGAAGGAGAGCCCGUGGGGCGCGUAACCUCCGGUGGUCCGAGUCCUACCUUAGGUCGUCCGAUCGCUAUGGGAUAUUUACCUCUAGAUCUUUGCCCGUCCGGAUCUGGUAUUUUGGUUGAAAUUCGUGGGAAAACUUAUAAGGCUUCUGUAGUAAAAAUGCCAUUUGUUAAAACUAAUUAUUAUACUGGUAAAUAAACCGAUUACGCGAUACGCGUUACUUCAGAAUGCAA